AUGGAAGUGGUUACAAAUAACAAAUCAAUUUACACAACAUGUGUGGAAAUUGAUGCACAAGCGUUGUUCAUCCAGCAACUUAACAGGUCUAUUUUUGAAGCAAGGGUUGAGGUGUGUGUACUUGGAUGGAUAAGAGUUGUAAUUCCUCAUUCUUUAACAGUAGAAAACAGACAUUCCGUCGCGUCGUUCGCCCUGAGCUUCCUGUCUCAAGGGUCACAGGCCAAACGUUACCCAGAAAAGUUUGUCCCUGUCGAGAUGGACGACCCUCAUCGCCUAGAUGAUGACGCGGAAGAAGAUGAACUUAUUGCCAUGGAUCCAUUGAACCCCAAUAUUUACAGACUGUCACAAGAUCUGGCUCUAAGUCUGAUCGAUGUCUUGCGUCCCUUUCAAAUUUUAGCAAAUAAAAUGGUUCAUAUUGUCUUGCAGGUUCUUUCAGUGCUUAGUUUCUAUGCAUCGGGUUCUUAUCAAACACCAACUGGAAAGCACUUUGAUUGCCCCAUUGCCCAGCCAACAUUGAGUGGAUACAUCACAGAAGUAACCAAUGCCUUAAAUGAAGAUGCAAUCCUUACUCACUUCAUCAGAUUUCCAUCAACUGUGCAAGAACUUAACCACUGCAUUGAAAGGAACCAGAAUCUUGGAGGCCAACUGCCGAAUGUGGUCGGCUGCACUGAUGGGACAUUGAUAAAAAUUAAAUCCCCAUCACUUGCUAACAAUAAGCAUGCAUUUACCGGCAGAAAAGGAGUGCCUUGCAUCAACGCUCAGAUUGGUAGCAGUCCCCACACUUGCCUCUGCUUUUUACUUGACAUUUUAUCCGGUACUGUAGGAGAUACGGGAUAUGCACAGCAGCCCUGGAUGUUGACGCCAUUCCGGCAAACAGAAGAUAACACACCAGAGUCCCGGUACAACAAGGCUCAUUGCAGUGACAGGAAUGUUGUAGAACGGACUAUUGGCCUUUUGAAGGAACGAUGGAGGUGCAUAAAUGAUGAGCGCACUCUGCAUUAUGACUAUGUGAAAGUUGCACAGUUCAUAAAUGGUGCAGUUGUGCUUCAUAAUUUGUGUGUCCUGGCUAAUUUGACGCACUAUGCAGAAGGUGCUCAUCUCCUCAGAAAUGUUAAUGUAAACGAAGAAGAACCUGAAGAGGACGAUGAUGAUUUGGAUGAUGAAGAUGUGCCAGAAGGUAGGAGGCAACAACGAGCCAUCCUAAUCCGUGGACAACAAGUGCGUCAGGAAAUUGUCAAUGAGCUGGAGCUGCGGCGACAGUAGGCAAUGGACUGCAUAUUUGUGGUAGAAAAAAAGAAGAAAGGAACAUCAAUCAACAUGGUUCUACCUUAAGGUGUACUGUAGGUAUUAAAUGGUAAUUGAUAGUCAGUCGUAUUGUUUGAAAGUAAUUUUUUUAUUUGUAUGAAGAAU